AUGGCGCGCACCGGCGCCUCUGCUUCCCUCUUCGUGCUCGUCUGCUGCCUCCUCGUGGGUUCUGUCCCGGCGCGCCUACCCGUCGAGCUUCCGACGCAAGUAGUGCCCGACGCCGUUGACCGCGUGGCCGCCGCCGAGCCGCUUCUGGACAAGCAGUUGGCGGCUGCCGAGGCGGCCAACCCGACCAAAGUCCACUCCAUAACAGAGGAGGAGGAGAUGGUGGUUCACCCGGCCCGCCAGCUCCCCCAGAUCAUCCGGUGCGGCGGCGACGACGUGGCGAUCUCCGACGAGUCGCUGUCCUUCGGCGGCCAGGGCCACCAAGCGUUGAAGAGCGAGGUGCUGAAGGAGCACGGGCCGGAACAGGAGCGGCCCGGCGAGCACUCUUUCUCGGACACCGACAGCGACUCGGAUUCAGACGACGAGGACAAUGAGAAUGGGAUCAUGGCGUGGUUCUGGAGGCUGGCGCGUCGCUUCUGA